AUGGCUCUUUCCAAGGGAUGGUUGACCUUCAGGGAUGUGGCUAUAGAAUUCACUCGGGAGGACUGGGAAUGCCUGGACCCUGCUCAGAGGGCCUUGUACAGGGACGUGAUGUUGGAGAACUACAGGAACCUGCUUUCCCUGGGUGAGGAUAACUUCCCCUCUGAAGUUGGUGAUGGACAACUUCUGGUGGACUCUCCUGUGGACGGUGUUUACUGGGUAACAGAAAAUUCUUGA